UUCCCUGUGACUAGAGAGGUUAAAACAAUUGAUUAGCUGUCUUUUAACGCUAAACUGUUGUACUGGUCCAUUUUUAGACUCAAUUCAUGUUACUGGUUAUUGAUAGUGAUCAUCAUCUUCAACAAUCUUUAAAUUCUUGUUCCAAGUAAAACUCAAUGAUUAAAGCCUCAGGUUAAAUCAGCUGAACCAGUCUUCUUCCCGCUUCAUCUUGAGCUAUCUUCAUUUUUGAUAAAUGCUUUUUUUAAAAAUAUAAGACCGGUUAACUAAUGGUCAAUGAUCUUAAUCAUCUUUCCAGUCUCCCGUUUUUUCCCUGACUAUCGACCAAUAUUAACAUCAUCCAAAUCAUCAUCAUUUUCAUCAUCGAGUUAUCAUCAAGUAUCCACCAAAACAAUCAACAUAAUCUUCCUCUAUUUUUUUACAUCUGACAAACAGUCAACAACCACAACGCGCAUCUUACCUUUGAUUAUGUUGGAGUGAUCUCUUUGGUUUACUAGUUCAAAUUUUUACUUUCAAUUAACUCGGAUUGUUGUUGAUUUGGCCACAAUUAAAUUAAUCAAGAUGCUCAAGACUCAUCAUUUAAAACGCUUGCUUUUGGGAAUCAGGAAAAUGUCUUUUCCAGUAGAGAUGAAACCAAUUACUUCAAUCGCUUCUCAGCCGAUCGCAACUGAUCAAGAGGAAGCCUUAAUGAAUGAAAUUUGUAUCACUGUUAACGAAGAUGAUAUGGCCAUUGGAUCAAGAACUAAAAGAGAUUGUCAUCUAAUGGAUAAUAUCGAUAAGGGACUGCUUCACAGAGCUUUCAGUGUCUUAUUGUUUAAUAAAAAAGGCGAAUUCCUGCUGACCCAAAGAGCUUCCAGCAAAGUGACAUUUCCAAAUUAUUAUACCAAUGCUUGUUGCAGCCAUCCGUUAUUUACUCCGCUAGAAAAAGAGGAAAAAGAUGGUCUUGGUGUUAGACGUGCAGCUCAACGGAAAUUGUUCCAGGAACUUGGAAUAGAGCCUAACACUAUUACUCUCGAAGACAUUAAAUACAUUACUCGGAUACUUUACAAAUCACCUUCCAGUGGUCUUUGGGGUGAACAUGAGCUUGAUUACAUUUUAAUUGUCCACAAAGAUGUCGAAUUGAAACCUAAUCCAAAUGAAGUUCGACAUGCAGUUUUUCUUGGUAAAGAUGAUUUACGCCCUUUUCUCGAGGAAAAAAAGAAAGAAGGAUGGCCAAUCUCACCUUGGUUCCAGCUAAUACACGACCGUUUCUUGUACAACUAUUGGGAUAAUUUGAAUAAUUUGGAAAAAUUUAAGGAUCACAAAACAAUUCAUAAAUUUGUCUGAUUUUAUUUGUUUUUUAGUACAACUACAAAUUUCAUUACAUUGUAUGUCACAUAUAAACUAUUGUUAUUACCUUUUUCCCAUGAAAAGGUCGCUGUUUUGUUUAUCCAUUUGAUAAAAAGCUACUUGUUGAUUAUAUUAAAAUUUACCAAACAACAAUCUA